UUCCCUCCGCUGAGCCAGCCCGUCAUCAAGACCACAGUGACAUGCUUCUCCAGCUCACAGAGCAGGUGGAGGCGGAGCGUGUAGAAGACAGAGAGAUAAGGAGAGUGUCCUCAUCACACAGGGCAGCACCGACUAACGGACGCUUUGCUGGGCAAACACCCACCACCCGAGUCUCUCUCUGCACUGGGUCCUGCGCUGCCCAGGGCACCAUGGACCACGGGAACACGACUCUCCCAUCAACCACUUGGGUGAAUUCCAGUCAGCCCCCAGCAGCUGUGAGUGCUGCGCACCUCACCGCAGCCGUGUUGCUCUUCCCCACCUUCCUGGUGGGUGUGGUGGGAAAUGGGCUGUACGUGUGGGUGCUGGGUCUGAAGAUGAGGAGGACGGUGACCACAGUCUGGUUCCUCUCCCUGGUCUCCUGCUACCUCCUCUUCACCCUGAUGACCCCCUUCUUCAUCGUCUACCUCCUCAUGGGUUUACACUGGGUCUUCGGGCCAGCCAUGUGCAAGCUCCUCUACACCUUCAUCUCCAUUGUCAUGUUCAUCUCUGCCUUCCUUAUCACCCUCAUCAGCCUGGACCGCUACACCCUCACUCACCAUCCCAUCUGGUCCCGGAAUCACCGCACCGUGCCACGGGCUAGGAAGCUGGUUGUGGGUGUAUUGCUGGCCUCCUUCGGUCUCAGCACUCCCUACCUGGCUUUCCGGGAGACCCAGACUGUGGAUGGGGGCAGGAUCAUCUGCAUCAGUAAUUACACCCUCUCCAGAGACUGGAAUGGAGCCGAGAUGGAGGAACUGGGCAGACGGGUCCACCAGGCUUUCUUCAUGGUUGAGUUCCUGCUGGGCUUCCUGCUGCCCUUCUGCACCAUCGUGGGAUGCUAUGUCAGCGUUGUGCUGAAGAUGAAAGAGAAGAAGCUGGCAUGGGCAGGGAAGCCCUUCAAAGUCAUGGUGACCACAGUAGUUUCCUUCUUCCUUGGCUGGCUCCCCUACCACCUCUACUAUGGCUUGAAGCUCUACAAAAAGGAGGAGACAGAGGUACUCAGAGGCCCCCUUUUGGUCAUUUACACCUUCUCAUGCAGCUUCAACAGCUGCAUCAGCCCCAUCCUCUACCUCUUUAUGGGGGAGAAGUUCUGGCAGGUCUUCAGGACGUCUCUUGUCACUCUGGUCAAGGCGGCUUUUGCUGACGAUCUUGCCAGCAGUGGCCCCGAGUCUAGUGGAAGACCGGGGUCAGAAGCUGAGAACACAAAACAAGAGAUGGCUUAAAGGUUGUCAGACUUUGGGAUAGCUGAAAACUUGACAUCCUCUUUGUCCCUAGAUUCCUGAUGGUUCUAAAUCCAAAUGGGUUCCAAUUAUCUAACUGUUCAUAAACCCUGCAAUGUCCCUGGAUUCUAGAUUCCCUUCUCUCCCUAGAAUUCCAUGCAUUCUAGGUCACUCAAUUUUUUUCAAACUCAAUGUGUCAUCAAUGGCACCAGAUCAAUAGCCAGCCUCGGAAUCUUGUUUGUUUUAGAUCUCUCAAUGUGUUCUCAGCUAAUUGACUCUUUUGGAUUCUGCAUCACUAGCUGGCUCUGGAAUCUCUUUUAUUGUAAGCCUCUUAAUGUGUUCAAACUCAAGUCUGUGGGUUCUAGAUUCUCGACUGGAUCUAGGACAUCACUGGAUUCUAGAGUGCUUUCAAACUACAUAGAAUCCAACAGGUUCCAGAUUGUUUGCUGAAAGUCUCAAUGGGGUUCUAGAUUUCCAAAUGAUUUAAAAUCCAUUAGGUGUGGUAUAUUAUAGAAGGGUCUGUGUAUUCCUAUAGUGAUAUCUAGAUCUUCUCUAGUGCUUGUCAUGAGUAGAUCUCAAAUAACUUUAACAAGGUCAGUAACAGUUUUCCAGUUUUUACAAAUGGGGAAACUGAGGCACAGAGUGGGGAAGUGACUUUGCCAAGGCCACCCAGUAGAACCUUCAGUCCAUCCAGUGGCAGAACUGGGAACAAACCCAGGUCUCCUGCAUCUCUGCCCAGGUCUCUGUCCAUGGAUCCCCUUAGAUUGUGAGCUCUCUGGGACAGGGACUGUAUUUUUCCUCUGUGUUUUGUGAGGUCCUGAGCCAGGACUGGGGUUCCCAGUGCUAUCGAAAUAAAAGAUAAUAAAUAAUUCCCGGGCAUUCCUUGAAUGACCUUGAUUCUGUAAGUUUUCUGGUGUGGCUCUGACAUAAUUUACAAACACUGUGUGACCCACUCAUUGGGAUAUUUAGUGUGGAGAGUCUCUGCCUUAGUUUAAGAGUGACCAGUAAGGAAAAGAAGCCAGAAGAACGAAGAGCAGCUCCAGAGAAACCACCUGCCUGUGCACAUUCAGGGUGGUGAAGCGGUAACGACCAAGCUAGUAACUGUGAUGCUCUAUGGAAUGUGGAUGACUAUUCAUAAUAUUAUGGAUACCAAUAUUAUGAAAUUUCAUGAAUCGUACCAGUUAUGCCAUGUAAGGUAUUAGUGGUAAUGUAUGUUUUGCUAAAUAUGGUAAGUUUGUUUAUAUGUAUGCGUCAUAUAUGUAUUAUGAGUUAUAAAUGUGUGUGGUAUAUUGAUAGUGUGCUGUGUAUCUGGGUGAAACCCCCAGACAGAUUGGCAUUAGCACUGCCUAGACUGUUGGAUCACCCAUCAAGGGCAAUCUGCUGUACAAUAAACCCAUUGAGAGAAGCCGGGGGAAGCGCCUCCGAGUCAGCAGGACUUGUAGGGACAUUCCUGUGGACAGGAGACUCCAAGAGCUUUUCCAUACCUGCAUGCUGGGAACUUGUGUUUGGGACAGAGGAUGUACACAGGAUAUAAGACGGCAGCUACAUCUUCUCCAUUUUGUCUUCGAUCCUGCUUUCGACUCUGGAGUAACUUCUCUACAAACUGCACCUCUGAACAAAGGACUGAAUGACCCAUCCAAGCUUUGGGUGUGUUCCAGAGGGACUUCACAAGCAAGGAAACUCACUGCUGAUA